AUGAACAGAAAAACCUGUACAUGCACUCGCUAUGCCUCUUUUCCCUUUAUAUUGAAAAAUUCUGCUCUUUAUGUGGCAUACAGUAUAUACUUAUGCCCGAAAAAAAGAAGUGCAAUCAAAAGUAUCUUUUCUUUAAGUGAUAGUGAGAUGUAUUUUAAUUCUGCAUGUGAACUUUACGGCAACUGGUAUGUGUCAUAA